GACCUCUCGUAUACGCAUGCACCCACACAAACAGUGUUUUCCUUCAUUUUCAUGGGUUGAAGUGAGGGAGAGGAGGGUUUUCUGGAAUUCACAAGGCUUCCUGAACACAUCUGCAUCCUGAAACUAUUAAUCAGAUUUAUGCAGUUAGCCAAUGUUCUGACUGACAGAUCAAGUGUAUCAUAGUGUUGGAAAUUUUAUUUGCUAUUUCAUUUUUUAUUUUUGCGCCUGUGAUUCAUAAAGCAAAAACUGGCUCCAAUAAAAUCAAAUAGAACUCCUUGCGAUUGUUGGUCUUUACUGGCGUUAAAUGAACAUGCCAAAUCAAACAGAUACCAUUGUAUGGAUCAAUUCAAUAACCUGUUGUACCACCUCAAUGACUUAUGGAGCACCAAGACCAUUAACAAACUUUACUUUCGGUUUGACCGCAUAAUUUUACUUUCAGUUUUGACGUAAUUCUUUUACAAGAAACUGAUCGGAGGCUUACAGUUUUCAAGAGAUGAAAGGUGCUAUACUAGCUCUAAUCGCAAAAUGAAGGCACUAAAAAGCGGUGGUGAACAAUAUCGUAUGAGAUCGAGAAGACUGCGCGGACAGAAAGCGAGUGCGAAAGAAUGGGCAACAGCAUCCAGCCAGCCCCCUGUGGACACCAAGUCAGCCCUUCUGAUGUCAACAGCAUGGUGAACACCUGCUUGGACAAAAAAUCUCUGGAAUUUAGCUGCCCAAUCUGUGGGGAGGUUUGGGAAUGGAAACAGGUACAAGAGCUCAUGCAGCUGUCCCCUGAGCAGAAGGCACUUCAGCAGAACAGCGUUGACGAAAUUGUGGAAGGCCAUCCAGACAUGUACAAGAAGUGCCUGUGCCCCCUCCCGUGCAGUGUCCUUCCUGCUGCUGUGUCCUGAAGCGGCCCCUGGACAGCACCGACCAGCCCUGUCAGUUUGUCCAGUGCUCCCAGUGUGUCCCGCCUCAGCACUUCUGCUGGUCCUGCCUUGCCCCUUGGCUCUUCUCGCACGAGGCCAGCGCUGGGCACUGCAGCAACAAGUCCUGUGGGGUGGUAGCCAUGCUGCUCAACUGUGACAUGGUGCUCGACAGCAGUAGUGAGGUCUUUGGCUGCCCCCUCUUCCGUGCCUGUCCGAAGUGCCACUCACUGAUCAUGCACACAGCAGGAUGCCAGUAUGUCAAGUGCAGCCAGUGUAAACAUCGUUUUUGCUUCAUCUGUCUGGAGAGAAAAAAAACUUGUAUGCUGAAUGGCGGUACAUACCUUUCUUUAAUCUGUGCAAAAAAGAGAGCAGGCAGGCAGAGGUUUGUAACUUAACUGUAGUAAGGAUCUGGAUUUCCCUAGGAAAAUGUGCCCUAUUUUUUAUUUUUAAUCAUUUCGCUACCCUUUUCUUUUUUUCCCCUCUUCAGAAUUUUGUGCUCUGUGACCUUUGCAAGAACCAUAGCAGCUGAAGCGUGUGCACUCUUUUGAUACAUUUGCCUGUAAGCCAGAGGCAGUUUUACACCUGUACUCCCACACAGUACUACAGGUGAAUUUCUGCUAAGGAGAGGCAUAUCUCUGCCACAGCUGGUGCCCUGCCUGGCCCUGGCAUGCAGUUGGGUGGAUCUAGUCCACAUGGAAGUCUAACUGACUUAAUCCCUACCAACCCCUGGCAAGAUGAGACCACUUGUGUUCUGCCUGUGCAGUCAUAGUAGGUUCAUAGCCAAAGGUGAAACUUGGGACAAUAGGUGUAAGCCUGGCCUCAAAGCCAAAGAAAGUUGGAAGUCUAUGGCAAAAGUAGAAGGCUUUAGCAUCUUCACUUGUAAUUCAACGGAUGAUAUGCUACUGGUGAUCAGUGAAGGUAUGGAAGUGGCUGGGUGUUGUCACAUAGUUUUCCCCUAUGUGAACAUCCAAAAAAGUGUUGGAUAGGUAUUGAAGCAGCCCUGAAAUUAUUUUCAACAGAAAGGCUAUGUUUUUGUGUGUUGGACAGGUAGACUGAAAUGAGAGAAAAUGAUGGAGGAGAUGGAUGAGGUAACUGACCGGAGGAGAAAUUCAGUCAGAUGUAGGCUGAUGGUGGGAGUAAAUGGGGGGCACAGCACUGAUGGAAACUGCUAGAGUGCUACUGAGUGGUACUAAUGAAGAUAGCUUUUGGCCAGGUUUGAUUCAUCUCAGCGGGGGCCUGAUGGAAGGUUAAUACAGAGAGAGAGAGGGAGAGAGGGAGAGAGCCCGUCUGCACAGGAAAGACGUGGGCGAGACCCUUGCCAAUACUGAGUAUGAGGAUUACUUCCAGCACUUGACCACUAUUAGGAUCAUUCCACCAUGCAGAAAAAGUGUGUGUGUGUGUGUGUGUGUGAAAGAGAGAGAGAGAAAGAAAGGGAUGAAGGGAUAGAGAGAGAUAUGGUUAGAUAGAUGGUCAUGACAUAUUUGUUUCACUGAUUCCACUUUCGAAGAAGAGAGCUUCAGUCGUGAAUGUGGGACACCAAUGGUGUUUUAAAUCUCACCACCGAGUGCAAUUAUCAAAUCAAUCCAAUCCAAAUAUACACCACAGAAAGCCUUGUUUCAGUCUGGUUAUUUUUAAAACUAUUGGUUAUUUGACGUAUAAUAGAUGUGGUUGAACUAAGAAAUUUGAUUUAUUUUGAAAAUACAUACUUAUAAAUUGCACUGCCUUUUGCAAAUAUAUCAUGGCAGCUCGUCUUCAUUCACUGUGGUAAUUCACAACUUUUAUGUAUUUCUAAGAUGGUAGUCUCCUGGGCUGAAUUCUAUGCCGAUAACCAUUUAAGAGCCAUUUUUGUCCUUUUAAAAAAUAUUUACCCCAAAAAAGACAUAGAACAAGAAAAAAUAUACAUGUGAAAUUGUAUUCCAUGUCCAUCAGUCCAGUUUUUGGGGCAAUGAGUCUGUAAUGAAACAUGAGUAAAUUGAUGCACUGCAACUGAUCUCUGUAUUAGGAUUAGCAGGUUAAAUCUGUGUAAUGUAUUGUAGCAUAAUGUAUUUAGAAUUCACUAAUAUUGUACCUGUGUUAUAUCCUCCUGAGACCCAACAAAAAAGGUUUACAUUUUUGACAAAAUACAAGUGUUUUAAAUGACAAAAACAUGUUGCAGUGAAAAUAUGUUUGUUAAAUAUUAUUUAAUUUUAUUGAAUGUCCCUUGUUGUGUAGUUUUCGGAGUAGCAGAAUAUAUGGAUUUUGAGAUUAAGACCAGAGACUCAUGUCCCCUAGAGGGGACAAAAACAAAUUACCAAAUUACCAUAGAAGGAUAUGCUAUGGGAGCUUAUGGGAGAAGAAUGAACUUGAAUAUUGUUUUGUUAAAGGUUAUACUUGGAGGAACCAAGGGAGAAAAAAAAACCCAGUCUUUUUUUCUGGCUAUUUUUAAAAGAAGGGCAGGUUUUGAGAAUCAAAGCAUUACAUAAAUUGAAAGUGUGCUUUUUAUGAAUGUAGUCUUCCAGUGGAGUGGAGGCUUCAGGUACAUUUGUCUGCAGUGGAACGCAUUGGGGGGUCUUGAUGGUUGAAAGAACAGCAGCAAGCAUACCAAUUCAUCCAUGAAAGGGUUGUAUCCAGUAACACACUUUAUAUUCUUUUUUAUAUUUACAAGUUUUUUCUGUAAACUAUUUUAUUUAGCAUAGUGUCUGUUUUCAGUGGGGCCACAAUAGCUUGAACUGCAACUGGUUUCAGUAAAUGCCUGUAAAUAAAUUGUUGAUAACUGGA